GUUACCGUGUCUAACUUGCGCCUCAAGAGCCUUUUUGGCUUUUACCACUGUUCUUCGUGAUUUUUCUUGAUUUUUUGCUUUCUUUCUGCUUGGUUUUGUUGCUGAGAUUUGUGGAUUGCUUUAUCUUUGUUCAUGGUGGGUUGGUGAACAUUAAAAAAACCCACGUUUUGAAGGAAGCUCUGCUUUGUUUGCUGCGACGAUUCUGUUUUGGAUCUUAAAGCUUUGGGCAUUUUCGGUGGACUGGAACCGAUUGGGUUUUUGAUCGGGAUUUGCUGCCCUGCUUGUUGUUUCUUAUUUCUUCUCUUGUGGUUUUUUCUUGCUCUGUUUCAUGGUGGAUCCGCUUCCUGUAGGCUGUAAUCGUGAGGCAGGGAGUUCGGUUUUUGGGGGUCCGCUGGGAACUGCUAUUGAUGGAGGCUCGAUUGGUUCUGGUUCGGGGCUCCGGGAGGGUGGUUUGGCUGGUUUGGGUUCUCUUACGGCGUUUCCUGCUCCUAAUAGUGAGGUAGGGAGGUUGGAUUUGGGAGGUUUGGGAGAUUUUCCAUCGCUGGGAACUGCUGUUGAAGGAGGCGCUGCUGCUCUUUCUGGUACUGGUUCGGGACUCCGUGAGGGUGGAGUGGUGUCUUUGGAAGCUGGUUUGGGUUCUCCUAAGGCGUCUCCUGCUCCAGGGUCAUGGAAUAUUCAGCAGAAAGUGAUUGUUUUUGAGGAAAGGAAAUGAAUGCCUGGGAUGGUGUCUGAUGUGCUUAGUUUGGAGUGUGCUCCGGUGUGACUUAAGCUUUGGCAUGUGCCGUUAGAGCUGUACUCUCAGGAGGGACUUGGAUAUAUUGCUAGUGCACUGGGGAGGCCGCUUUACACGGAUCGAACUACUGCUUUAAAGCAACAUUUGGAUUUUGCUGUUGAAGUUGGUGCUAAGGUUGAUUUUCCAGGGUCGGUAUUGGUUGAGCUGAGUGAAGGGAAUAGGGUUGAAGUUAGUGUGGAUUUGGAUUGGGCUCCUCCUAGGUGUGCUCAUUGCAACAUUUUUGGCCAUUUAGGGGAGCAAUGUUCUAAGAAGGCUGGUGAUGAUGGUUUAUAUGGUUGUGUCAAGUAAGGGUAAGCAGGUUGCUGAAGGGGGUUGGUGGGUGUUGGUGCUAUUCCUAAUGUAACAAUUAUAACAUUAUCUUUAAAAUAGAAUCUUAAGACUUAUAUUAUUAAAAAA